AAAAAAACAAUUUACUGAAGGUAAACUAUCAAUGAAUGCAAAUAGACGAAGGAACUGAGGCACAAACUUCCGGCAAUUUCGUGGCAUAAAAUGUUUGCGUCCAAUAUCCGUUUGGUUGUCGCCGCUGCUGCUCCUGCUGCUCCUGCUGCAGACGUUGUCGUAUUCGCUGGGCCCUAAGCCAGCCCAGAGAAGCACCGAAGGGCACAGACGACUCCUGUUCCUGUUGUUCCACCUAUUUGGCCCGGUUGGCCCGCGCUCCGUACUCAUUUCCGGGGCUGUCGUUUCCGCCGUUUUACAUUUGCAAUUCGAAUUGGCGCGUGAACGAUUUUUUUGCCCCAUUCUGGUUGCAUAUGCGUGGGCUAAUUAGCAUGCGGCAUUGCCACCGGCAACAACACCGGCAGCAGCAGCAGCCAGACCCGCAAUCAGAGUAGAGUACACAAAAGGACUAAUAACCCGCGCUGGGCUGCGCUGGCCUGAGAACAUGGAGGAGGAUGUGUAUGCCUCGCUGAGUUCCUACAACGAUACCGGCGGCGGCGGCGGAGGCAUCGACAAUGGCUGGAGCAGUGCGGAAACUAGCGUGGAGCAGCUGCAGAAUCUGCUGCUCUGGGAGGACGAGGGCCCAUUCGGGAAGCGGCCCAAUCAGAGCCAGCAGCAGUGGAAUGCCACCAACGCCACCGGUGGGCCACAUCCCAUUGAUUCCCCCUUCGAUGCCAACAACUACUGGGCUCUGCUCGCCCUCGUGCUGGUCCUGGGCACGGCGGCCGGCAACAUUCUCGUGUGCCUGGCCAUCGCCUGGGAGCGGCGUCUGCAGAAUGUGACAAACUACUUUUUAAUGUCGCUGGCCAUUACGGAUCUGAUGGUGGCCAUGCUGGUGAUGCCGCUGGGUAUUCUGACCCUCGUGAAAGGAUACUUUCCGUUGGGAUCCGAGCACUGCUUGACCUGGAUCUGCCUGGAUGUGCUCUUCUGCACGGCCAGCAUAAUGCAUCUGUGCACCAUCUCCGUGGACCGUUAUUUAUCGCUGCGUUACCCCAUGCGAUUUGGUCGGAACAAAACGCGUCGAAGAGUCACUCUGAAGAUUGUUUUCGUGUGGCUUUUGAGCAUUGCCAUGAGUCUGCCUUUGAGCUUGAUGUACUCCAAGAAUCAUGCCUCAGUGCUGGUGAAUGGGACUUGCCAGAUACCGGAUCCAGUGUACAAGCUCGUCGGGUCCAUUGUUUGCUUCUACAUUCCGCUGGGCGUGAUGCUGCUGACAUAUUGUCUGACCGUGCGAUUGCUGGCCCGCCAGCGACAGAACUUGGGCGGUGGCCAACAGACGGCCGCCGCCACACCCGGCUGGGCCAGCGGCUGGCUGGGCCAAGCACCAGCCUUGGAACGACGCUGCACUUGGCGCCGCCUGCUAAAGCCGGGCCCAGGUCACGCUUCGUCCGUGCUGCACGCCCACUCGGCCAACUCAACGGAUACGGAUCUGAGCACUUUGGACAACCACGAGCUCUGGCUGCCCGACUCCAGCAUCAAAGAGCCCACGCCGACCACAAUGACAGCAUUGCAUCAGUUCGGAGCCGAGAUGCUGAAGCUCUCGAGAGGCCUCGAGUCGGUGGGCUCCUCAUCCACCACGGGAUCGCCCACCAAGUCCGAAUUUUCCAUAUCAAACCACCUGCAGUUCCCCAGCAGCCCCCAGCGCUAUGCAACCCAUCAGCAGUCGCCGCAGCCGCAGCAUCUGCAGGGAGGCGGAGGCGGAGGCGGAGGCGCCUACCACCAGCAGACCUCGCCCAAGGGUCGGCAUGGAACCACAAUUCUGGGACUGUCAACCACAACCCUGGGAAUAGAGCGAGAGAGCACCCGGAACUCGCUGGCCAGCAGCCGCCUGGGAGGAGACCAGAGCGACGGCACUCUCUCUCAGCUUUCGCAACGUCUGCGAGCCUACAAGAAUCGUCGUCGGGCCUCGUCAGCGGUACCAGGACGGGAGCGCCGCGCAGGCGUCGACGAUGCGGAUGAGGAUCCGGACACACCAACGGCGACAUUGAGGCGCCACAAGCGGCACAACAGCUUGCCCAAGAAUGCGCUCUACACGAGACACACGACGGUGCAGGAGAGCAUCGACGAUGACGAUGCCGGAGAGGAGGACAGCACGGCGCACAGUGAGCAGCAGUCGAGAUCGACGUCGAAGGGCAAGAGCUGUCACUCGGACACGGAGCUGGAUCCACCGCAGGCGAAGCAGUGCCACGUUGGAGGCACAAGCCACCAGUCGGACUACCUGCAGCUGCCCUCCGUGUGCACGUGUCCCUACUUCGGCGAUCGACCGCUGCAGAAUUGCGUGAAGACGGCCGAGGUGAAGAUCAUUUCAUCAGCCUUCCGGGUGACCACGACCACAACGGCGGUGAGUAGCUCCCCAAGCGAAAUGGAGCUGCUCCUCUGCAGUAGCGGCAACAAAAAGGCGCUGACCUCCAGCGUGAGUGCGGGCAUAGCCGGGCCAGGGGCAGCUGCUGCAGCAGGUGGAGGAGGAGUAGGAGUCCCGCCCUCUGGUGGCUCAACCCUGAGUCCGCACUCUGCCUCUGCGCAGAACCAGAGCAGCUCCCUGACGGUCCAGAGCGAUGGCAGCGGCUACCUGGCCGCUCCGGGCACGCCCUGCCCCGGCAGGCGUAAGCUGAGCAUCUCGAAGACUGCCUCGGUGGUCACUUGGGAUGCCAGUCGCCAUCGCAGGCGGGGCAGCAGCUUCGGCGGGGUGCGAACCUCACUGCUGCUGACGCCGACCAAGACGGCCACAGCCUCCACCACAUCCACGCCGCUGCGGCGCUCGGCCACCCUGCGCAGCCACCAGAACAUGAACUACCAGGCUGGCACGGACUGCGGUGGAAAGACUCGGGCGACCACAUCCUCACCCUGCAUGCUGCAGCGGCAGCAGACGGUGCGCUCUCACCACUCCCGGAACUCCAGUGUGAUCUCGAGGAACUCGUCGCGGCACGGCAGGAUAAUACGGCUGGAGCAGAAGGCCACCAAGGUCCUGGGCGUGGUGUUCUUCACGUUCGUCAUUCUGUGGUCGCCCUUCUUCGUGCUCAACCUGCUGCCCACGGUGUGCGGCGAGUGUGAGGAGCGGAUCAGCCAUUGGGUCUUCGAUGUGGUCACCUGGCUGGGCUAUGCCAGCUCCAUGGUCAAUCCCAUAUUCUACACCAUCUUCAACAAGGUCUUCCGGCAGGCAUUCAAGAAGGUCCUGCUGUGCCGCUAUUCCAGCACGAGCGCCUGGCGACCGAGCAGAUAGCAGACGCCUGUCAAGCCGGGCAAACUCAAGACGAAGCCUCAGCAAUGCCCCAGCGUGGACUUUCAGGAGUCCAUUGCAUUGCAGCCGCCAGAAGGCGCAGGUCUCGCAGGUCAACGACGCGGCCAGCGGCCAGCCCCUGCGGGCGUCCUCAAGAGAAAGGGGACGGGGCCAUUGGGCAGCAGCAGAUAAGCCCGUGCUGCAGAUCCAGGGAAAGGCUUCCCAGUACGUUAUGUCUGCGGUCCACCGCACAACGUGUCGUAUACACAAUUUGUUGUUCGCUCUCACACCCAUUCACACCCAUUCUUCGCACAUACUUGCACACAUCGGAGUCUGUUCUGCUUGAGUGUGUGUGCGUGCGUGUGUGUGUGUGUGUGUGUUGUGUGUUGUGUGUUGUGUGUGACUUAAUGUCCUCGAGGCUUAGGCGCUUAUGUGGCUCUAAUUAAUUUCAAAUUCAAUUUGCAUGCCAUUGAAGACACAUGUCCGGCCAGCGGUGUAAGGAGCGGGGAAGAUAGUUUCAUCAAUUGCAAAUUCCAAGAGACUUUGGCAUCCCGCAAACAUAACCCUAUC